AAAUUGACAUCCUUCAUUAUGGCCAUCGAUCGCCCUCUUCUGUAAUUCAGAAGUUCGUGAGCAAUCAGGCAGUAUUAUUGACAGCCUACGCAGAGGUCCUUCGCCACACGUUUCAAGAUGGCUGCGUCCAUCGUAAAUUUUUUGAAACCUUGGACACCCAGCGUUUUGGUGGCGAGAUGGACGAGGUACAACCCUUACUACCUGGAGCCAGAACCUCGAAAGGAAGUGUACAGCAUACCUGAAACGGAACUGUCCGAGGAGGAAAUAAAGGAGCGCGAGCUGAAAGCGGUCAGGCCGAUAAAAGCCGCUCCGCCCGGGCUUACCAGCUCCGUUUUCAGCGACCCGAUAAUAAGUAAAUUUGUCAAUAUGAUCAUGCAAGAUGGCAGAAAGGUUCUGGCCAGGAGUAUCAUAACACAGACUCUGGAGGGCAUAAAGAGGAUCCAGGUGGAGAAGUACCACAAAGCCCCCGACGCCCAGAAGCCUGAGAUCGAGUGCAAUCCUCACGCCAUUUUCCACCAGGCCCUGGAGAACUGCAAGCCGGUGGUGGGCCUGAUGACCGUGCAGAGAGGCGGAAAGAACUACCAGGUGCCCACCCCUCUCACGGACAACCGGCGGCGUUUCCUGGCGAUGAAGUGGCUGGUCACGGAGUGCCGGGACGGCAAGCACCGGCGCACGCUCAUGCACGAGAAGCUGAGCCAGGAGCUGCUGGACGCCUUCGCCAACAAGGGCAAGGUGGUGAAGAAGAAGCACGACCUGCACAAGAUGGCGGAGGCCAACCGAGCGUUCGCACACUACCGCUGGUGGUAAAAAAACAAAAACAAA